AAGUUGGAAGCAUUGCCAAGGCAUCAAUCCCAAACAGUGGAUUAGCUGUGUCGUAGAACUUGGAUAUAUCUCAUUACACUAUUGUGUUUAGACCGCAGAUCAUAUCAUUGAUGAAGUUUAUUUAGUACAGGGAGUGACGGGUUGCCAUGACGACCAUGGAGUCACCGCAAAUCCAGGUAACGUCAUACGAUGACGCCAGUAGAAAAGUCCCAGAUGACGACGAUGAUAUCGACAAGGAACUGGAAUCAUUUAUUGCCACCAGAAAAAACGAAGAUGAAAAGGAAGAAGAUGAAAGCUUAUCAACUGGAUCAAAUGAAAGUGAGGCUGAGAAGCCAAGCCAAAAAGAGGCUGACACGGAUCAGAAAUCGGAGCCAAAAGAAACAGUGAAAGAAACAAGAGAAGAGGAGGAGAAAAGGGAAGAAGUGAAAGUGGAAAAAGAGGAAAAAAAGGAGGAAGCAAAGGAAGAGGUAAAGGAGGAAAUGGAGGAAAAUUUGGAGGAAAAAAAGGAGGAGGAAAAAGUGACCAAAAGUGACAGAGACACUGAUGUUGAUACGGACAGUGAUAAAGUUGAUUCACGGCCGAGUUCUGCAAUGGCAGACAGGAAGGAGGAGGAAUCAUCCAGAGAGAAAAUGACGGACGAUGAGGACUCCGAACCAGAUGAUUACACAUUGACCGAGGACCAGAAACGAGCCCUGAAAGAGAUAGAGUACCUGAAGAGUGAAAUGGGAUUACCCGAGGAAGAUCCCCCAGAAUAUGACGUCAAGGAAAGAUUAAAAACGUUAAAUGAAGAACUUGCCAAUGACCCAACCCCUGUUGAAAAAAGUAACUCUAAAGUGAAUUUUAAAGCUAAUCUAGUUGACUUAGUGGCACCACCUCCUGACUACCCAGAAGAAGAAACGCCCAGAGAGAAUUCAGAAACACCACAGUCUCAAGAACCUGGCAAGUCAAAUGAAGAGAACAACGAGAAAAAAGUUUUAAUCGAAUGUGACGGAAAGUUCGAAUUAAUUAGUGAGAAUGAUAUUAGAGCUAAGGACAUGGGCCUGCCAAUUUUCAGUAGUGAAAAAGAAAAUGUAAAUAAUAGUAACACAUCAGACUCAAAUUCUAAUGGUGAUUUCAAUCGCAAACCUGCUCCGCCUUCUCAACCGAGACCUGCAACUGCCAACGGGAAUUCCCGACGCACGCGACCUGGGUCAUCAAAACAGCGAGCCUCAUCUGCAGGUUCACACAGAGGGUCUGUGUUAGGUGACUUUAAUUAUAAUUCGCCAUAUGCGAUGUCGCAGCACGAUAAAAAACUCGUCGAAGAACAGACAAAACAGCGAGAACAAAGAGAGAGAGAAAGAAAGCAGCAGGAAAAACAGGAAAAGGAGUAUCAGGAGAGAGAGAAUAAUGAUGCCUUUCAAGCUUGGCUCCGUCACAAGAGGGAAGAGGCUCGGGCUCGUAAACAGAGAGAGGAGGAGGAGAAAAAGAAAAGCAAACAGUCCCCCCGACAGCAGAAUUCCCAUGGUAACAACUCCGACAUGGAAUCAUAUGAAUCUCUACCCCAAAGCGAAGACCAGGAUGAAGAAGUUAAGCAAGCCUACUCAACUUGGCUAAAGAAUAAACAGAAACAGCUUAAACAAGAAAAAUUGCUGAAGAGACGCGAGGAAAUGGAAUCCACCGAUGGCUUCUACAUCCGCUCUCGGCAGGAAUGUGACCAGGCUUUUAGACAAUGGAUUAGAAAAAAGAAUUCCGAGUCUCGAAGGGCUCGCUUUAUGGAGCAACAGCAACACAGACUUAAUCGCCUGGCAGCGAAGAAAACCCGAAAAAACCUCUCUGCUCUGAAAGCUAUGAAGCAGUCUAAUGCUUUUGUUUAUGUGGACUACUAUGGGUACAGAUAUUAGUUUUGAGGAUUCCACUAUGGGACCAAUAUCCUAACAUUCAAUAUUUUGUUUUAGGUAAAAAAUUAUUUUAUAUUAUUUUGCAGAUUUCUCAUAUUUCUUCAUACUAGUUUUUUUUUAUGCAUAUAUGUAUAAAUCUUAUGUUGGAUUUUUGAAAAAAAGAAAUACUGAUCAAGAUUUCAAGCAACUUUUGUAAACUCAUUUAAUUAAAAUUUAAUUCUAGGGCAGACAUUCCAUAAAAAUAUUUAUUUGACGAUGAUUUUGCCAUUGAGAGUUUUGUGUCUAUUUAGUGCUGAUGAGGAGAAAUUGUGAGAUUCAGUUUCUGUUAUGUGGUAUUUUAGAUAUAGAGGAAAGGUAUGGCGAAUUGCACAAAUUUUUGAUUUCUCAUUAUGAUAUAAAUUUGAUAAUUAUUAUUUCUCCCAGAAUAUUAAGUAGCUAGGCAUUAUAGACAAGUUAAGGAAAUUGAUUAGGAUGGACCAUUUCAUAGAAACCCUUGAACUGAAUUCUUCCUUUUGACAUUAUUUGUUUUCAUUGCAUUGGUUGAAUUUUUUUUCUCUGCAUUAUGUAAGUCUCUAAUGAGGGCUUUUUCUUUUUCCAUCCUCUGUAAUUAUACAUGUACUUGCAUUUUAUUAUAUAAUCUGCUAUAAAAAACAUUUAUGAUUUCUGUGUAAUCAGUCUUUAGAACAGGAAAGUAGGAGAAAAUUCCAAGAGAAAAAUCUGGAUCCCAUAUUUAAUUUAUGCAGAAGAAAUUGAGGCAUAUAAUGUUUUAAAUAUAUAGAGUGUCUUUUAUUUAGUUGUAUUUUAACUUUUGUUCUGGUCCAGAAUAAUUUUUUUAAUCAUGAAAAGUCAGAGACAAUGUCUUCUCAGUAAAAAAAAAAGAGCUUUAAAAAAUAAAAGGUC